AUGGAUAAGGGCGUGCAGGUAGACGUGAUCUACACAGAUUUUGAGAAAGCUUUUGAUCGUGUCGAUCAUACAAUCCUGCUCAAGAAACUUGAAUAUUUGGGAAUUCACGGAGACCUUCUGAGGUGGAUUAAAUCUUACUUGUCUAACCGCUCACAGGCCGUUGUAGUUGGUGGCAGUCGUUCUGAUUUCUGUGCUGGUGAUUUGACAUUGUCACACGAGAGUAAGCUGUAUGAUUUAACAUUCGUUGUGGCUGAUUUUAAUUGUCAAAAUAUUCUUGGAUUAAAAGGUUGCAUCGCUUUGCACCUUAUUAACAGAGUGAACGCGGUGUGUGUGUACGAUAAAUACAAAAGUAGAUACCCAGAACUAUUUAAUGGUUUAGGAAAAUUGCCUGGCCGUUAUACUAUUUCUAUAAAUGACAAUAUUGAACCGGUCAUAUGUCCGCCGCGUAAGAUUCCUCUCGGGCUUCGCGAUAAAUUAUAUUCAGAGUUAUGCAGAUUGGAAAACAUGGGUGUCAUAAGAAAAGUGACCCACCCGACCGACUGGGUGAACGCCAUAGUUGUAGUUGCUAAAAAGAACGGCGACAUUCGAUUGUGCUUAGAUCCGCGACCUUUGAACCGUGCUAUUCGUCGGGCGCAUUAUAGUUUACCGACGGUAACCGAGGUAGCUGUCAAGUUGCGCGACGCGAAAUAUUUCAGCGUUUUAGAUGCGACGUCAUCGUUCUGGAUGAUCGAACUGGAUGAUGCGAGUGCUGACCUUUGUACCUUCGGAACACCAUCGCACGGUCGGUACCAAUUUCUACGUCUACCGUUUGGAAUUAACUGUGCAUCGGAAGUUUUUCAUGCGAAAAUAAGACAGUAUUUGGAAGAUCUAGACGACACCGACUCCUUUAUUGAUGAUAUUAUAGUUUGGGGGCGUACGAGAGAAGAGCACGAUAUGAGACUUGAACGUUUAUUGCAGCGAUCAAACGAAAUCGGUAUAAAAUAUAAUUAUAAUAAAUGCAAGUUUUGUGUUCGCGAAAUAGUGUUUUUAGGUCAUAAAUUUAAUUGUAACGGAAUGCAGCCUGAUGAUACUAAAAUCAAAGCUAUAAUAAGCAUGCCUGACCCGAGCGAUAGGAAAGCUUUAGAAAGGUUUCUCGGGAUGGUGAAUUAUUUAUCAAAAUUUAUUCCGAACUAUUCAGAAUCCAUUGCGGUGUUAAGAGGUUUAUUAAAAAAGGAUACGGAGUGGGUAUGGUAUCCUAAGCACUCCGAAGCAAUCGAAAACUUAAAAAAGAAAUUGUCGUCAGCUCCCGUGCUGGCUUUAUAUUCGCUGGAAUUGCCAGUGGUGGUGUCCGUUGAUGCGAGCGCGCACGCGGUCGGCGCCGUGCUGCUGCAGGCGGGCCGGCCCGUGGAGUUUGCGUCGCUCACGCUCACCGACACGCAGGUGCGCUAUGCGCAGAUAGAAAAAGAGAUGCUCGCGAUCGUGUUUGCCGUCGAACGAUUUCGCCAGUAUUUAUUUGGCAGACAAGGUAUAGUCGUGCAGUCGGAUCAUAAACCUUUAGAGGCUUUGUGCAACAAACCGUUGGCGUCGGUGCCUUGUCGCUUACAGCGUAUGAUGAUGCGCAUACAGGGCUACGAUUUGAAAGUCGUAUACACGCCCGGCAAAUUUAUGUACAUAGCCGACACGCUGUCGAGGGCGGCGUUGCCGGAGUUGUUGACCGAUCGGCUGAGCACAGAUGUUGAAUCGCAGACGUGUUUUCUCAUAGAAAACGCACACUUUAGUAAUGAAAAAUUAGAACUCAUAAAAAAGCAUAUUGUGAGCGAUGCCGAAAGUACAUCCCUAAUUUCAUAUAUUAUUAACGGUUGGCCGAAACAUAAGAAAAAUAUAAAUGAUAAUCUUCAACUAUUUUGGCAACAUAGAAAUCUUUUGCAGUACGCGGACGGGUUGAUUUUUAAAGACGAUGUUCUAUACAUACCGAAAAGCUUACGUAAGUUAAUGUUGGACAGAGUGCACGAGGGACAUUUAGGUAUAGACCGCUGCAAGCGGCGCGCGCGAGACGUGAUGUUCUGGCCCGGCAUGUCGCGCGACGUGGAGCGGGUCGUGCGGGGCUGUGCGGCGUGCGCGCAGCACGCGCCCCGGCCGCGCCCCGCGCCGCUGCGUCCACAUUACGUGCCGGACAUACCAUGGCAAAAAUUAGGCUCUGACAUUUUUGAAUAUAAGAAAAAGCAUGGCAUUCCUUUGGAACUAAUCUCUGAUAACGCGACUGUUUAUAGCUCACGCGAGUUUAAGAACUUCAUGUGCGAGUGGGAAGUGCGUCACGUGACGUCGUCACCCCACUAUCCGCAGUCGAACGGAAAAAGUGAACGCACAGUACAAACCGUAAAGCAACUACUUAAAAAAUGUAUCGAUUCCGGACAAGAUUUUUAUAUUAGUCUACUUAACUAUAGAACUACGCCGAGAGAUGGGAUAGACUCUCCGGCGCAGAUUUUGAUGGGUCGACGACUCAAUACAAAAUUACCAAUCAAUCAGAAAUUAUUGCGGGAAAAUGUUGAUAACGUUGCUAAUCAUAAAUCAGUUUUGAGUCGACAAGAGGAGAUGAAAAGGCGUUUCGAUAAGCGCGCGAAUCCGCUUAGGGAUUUGGCAGUCGGAGAGAAGGUUACCCUUGCGGACGGCACCGGUCGCAAGCCGGUCUCGGUAGUGGCGCGCGCGCCGGAGCCGCGCUCCUACCUCGUGCGCGACAACCGCGGGAAAGUGUGCAGGCGAACGAGGAGACACUUAAUAGCUCGCACGGCUCCGUCCAGUAAUGACAAUGUCACGUCACAGGCAUCUAGUACUUACGGUGACGCAGUGACAGAUGAUGAGGAUGAUAACAAUGAUAUUGAAUUUCAUUCACCUCAAAAGAUCACUAGCGAUAGUCCCAUACCCGGUAAGGAUGUCGAUCAAACGACAAAAAGAAAAGCAAAAAUGGUAGCUAAGGAAAAAAUCAAAAAUCUUAACUAA